ACAAAAUUAAUGAAAAAGAAAAAGGAAAAAAAGAAAAAGGAAAAAAAAAAGGAAAAAAAGAUAACAAAAAAGAAAAACAUACAAAAGUUAUUUUUCAGAACAAUAGAAACUCAAAAUCUGAAUCAGUGGAACUAAUAAUGUUGAGAAGAAGCGAUAGAGAUGAAAAAAAGUAUAAAGUAUAUUCCAUGAAAUAUAACAAAGGUGAUGCUCGUGCCGAACUUCUUGAUACACAUAAUAUUUAUAGUGACGAUACCCCAAGAAUUUAUUUUGAUGACAAAUAUUUUCUUGUUGCUGCUAAUCAUUCAUUGAUAUCGGAAUGGGAUCGUAUGAGUCAGAAUCGUUUUUACGGCAAUUACAAUUACUAUUACAAACAAAAUUAUUACUUAAAAUCUAAUGAUUAUAUGGUUCUUAAUAAAAAAAGUAAUGCGGAAGAGGCAUUGAUGGUGGCUGAUUAUCGUCAAGAUUCGAAGCUAGUAGUCUAUUCAUUAGAGCGUAAUAUAACAGUUUCAUCAUUUGAAUUUAAGGAAAAAGUUCAUAUUAAAAAAGUAGAUUUCAUUUAUGUAAAAAGUGACACAUUGGUAUUUGAGGAGGAAAAUGAUGAUGUGGUGGCUGAAUUGGAGGAAAAAUCAAAUAAAGGAUUAUUCGAUGAUAUUUGGACUCAAUAUUUGGACUUAACAAAAGAAAAUGCAGAUGAUGAUUUAUCAAGUUUAAAUGAUGAAAUUAAUAAGAUUUCGACAAAAUAUUGGGAAUCAACAACAAAUAAAGAAAGAGAAGAAGAUAUAGCAAAAUUCAAUAAUAAAAUUAAUAAAGUCAAAGAGGUUUCUUCAAAAAAAUAUUGGAAGGAAAGAAGAGAGGACAAAAAAAAAUUAGCAUGUUUAGAAGAUGAAGUCAAUAAAAUUCAUAAAGCUUCUUUGGAAAAAUAUUGGACAUCAGAGAAAUCAGAGAAAAAAGAAUAUUUAACAAAAUUAGAAAAUAAGAUCAAAAGAAUUAGUGAUAUUUUGAAUCAAUCAACAAGAGGAAAAGUAGAAAAAAUAGAAGAAAAAGAAUUAAUGCAAUUAGAAAAUGAAAUCAAUAAAAUCAACAAUGAUAUUUUGAAUCAAUGCUCAACAAAGAACAAAGAAAAAUUAACAGAAUUAACAAAAUUAAAAGGAAGAUUAGCAAAAUUAAAAAAAUUAAAAUAUAAGGAAUUGAAAAAUUAUGAAAUUUAUUAUAUGGGUCAACAAUUGCAUAAAAUAUACAAAAACAUACUUGUGGAUAUCAAAGUAUUGAACCCUGGUGUAUGUGACAGUAGCAAAAAUUGCCAAACAAUCGGUAAACUAAUUAAAAAGAGGGCUGAAGAUCUCAUUGCUAAUAAACUAUAUGAAAACCCUAUCAUUAAAAAUGGAAAGAAUUAUAAAUGGAUCAUAACUCAUAACAAAGAAUGUCAACAUAUAAAUAUAAGAGCUCUAAACAAAAACAGCAACAGUGGUAGUGAAUAUGAUUUAUCAUAUGAUGAAAAAUUCAUUAAAUGCAAGUCAUUUGAUGAUAGGUUAAUCUUAAUAACUAAAAAUUAUAUGCAACUUUUUGCUGUUCAUGAAAAAAAUAAAUCAAUAUAUGUUAGAUAUAUUAAAAGUCAUAACUUGAGUAUAGAAAGUUUAGAAGAAAACAUCAAGUCUAUUGAAGAAGAUUAUGAUGUCAGGGACCUUGUUAAAGCUCCGGAAAAAUGUGAUUUGGACCAAGUCAAAGAUAAAAUUGAAGAAAUUGAAAAAAUAUUAAAAAAAUGA